GUGAGCGGUGCCAAGCCGCCGCCUGUGCGCUGCUCCGUGCGUCCCCGCACUAGUAACGUUAGCUGCCUCGUGCCUCUGCCGAGCGCGCGCGCCGCCCCCUCUCCUGCCUUUCCCUGCCCGCGGCGCGCGGUGCGCUCUGGCCCCAGCGGGUCAGGGCCUUUCCUGCCGUCGAUCCCUGUUUUAUGGGUGUCUUCCCACACAGGAGAUUACACUGACUUCUAUUCCUCACGCCAACACGCCACAAACGUCGGGAUCAUGUUCAGGGGCAAGGAGAAUGCUUUGAUGCCCAACUGGCUGCACUUACCCGUCGGUUAUCACGGCCGGGCAUCGUCCGUUGUGGUGUCUGGGACGCCCAUCCGGAGACCCGUGGGGCAAAUGAGACCUGACAAUGAUAAACCUCCAGUGUUUGGUGCUUGUAAGCGUCUGGAUAUCGAGUUAGAAAUGGCGUUCUUUGUAGGUCCUGGAAACAAGUAUGGGGAGCCAAUUCCUAUCAGCAGAGCCCAGGAGCACAUCUUUGGGAUGGUCCUUAUGAAUGACUGGAGCGCCCGCGACAUCCAGAAAUGGGAAUACGUUCCUCUGGGUCCGUUCCUGAGCAAGAGCUUUGGCACAACCAUCUCUCCGUGGGUUGUUACCAUGGAAGCUCUCAUGCCAUUUGUGUUGCCAAACCCUGUCCAGGAUCCCAAGCCGCUGCCCUACCUUCAGGAUAAAGAACCCUACACUUUUGACAUCAAGCUCUUUGUUGCUAUUAAAGGAGAAGGAAUGAGCAUGCCAACUACUAUAUGCAGAUCCAAUUUCAAGCACAUGUACUGGACCAUGAAACAGCAGCUGGCUCAUCAUUCGAUCAACGGCUGCAACCUCCGACCUGGAGACCUCCUGGCAUCCGGCACCAUCAGCGGACCCGAGCCGGAGAGCUUCGGCUCCAUGCUGGAGCUGUCCUGGAACGGAACAAAAGAAAUCCCUCUUGGCAGCGGACAGUCUCGUAAAUUCCUGCAGGAUGGAGACGAGAUCAUUUUGACAGGUUACUGCCAGGGCAACGGCUUCCGCGUGGGAUUUGGCCAGUGCUCGGGAAAAAUCCUUCCAGCCCUGUCAGUUCCGUGAUGACUGGAGUAAGGUGACAUCCGAGGAGGAGGA